CAAAGAAAUUAAGUGAGAGUACAAAUUCAAUCGCCAAAGUAGGCUGGCAUAGACGCCUCAAAAAACAACCUACUUGUGUGCCAUUUCAUUUUCUACCAUUAUCCGAUGACGAACGCAAAAGUGAUGAACAAACUCUUUUCCCGGACAAAUCUUUCCUGAUCGGACAUAUUCAAUUCAGUCUACUUCAUCGAAAUUAUCAAAGGAAAUAGAGUGUCCAAACACUUUCAUCACACCCAAGAAGGGUAAGGUCAAGAUGGAAGACAUUGCGACAGAUGAUGAUUUGCUGUCCGAUAUGCUCUUGGACUCUCUUGAGUUUGAGCCAAAGAUUUCAACGCACAAGAUGAAUCAAGCAUAUCGUUCGCCACGCUAUAAAACACAGCAAAUCAUAGAUAUCGUUCGUCAAAAGAUUGUGAUUGAUGCAGACUUGGCCGGUGCUGUUGAAACUCUAUGUAGUAUUGAUGUCAUCCGCAAGCAUUUAUCCACAAAAUCAUCCCGUCAACGAUAUGAAUUUCAGCAGCACGCAAAACGCUACCUGGAAACGUAUAUGCCAGAAAGUGGUGUAGAGUUUGCUCUGACAACACGCUACAAGAGAGCAUCAAGAAUGACAAGUAGUUCCGCAGAAACAUCCAAAGCUGGACAAGAACAUGCAGAAGCAGAAGCACGAGCUCUUGCCGCAGGUCAAGCUGCUUCUCAAUCUUCUGUCGCACGAGGUAAGCUGAGAGCCGAAAAUGGCGAAUCACUCGGCACAUCAAUGGCAGAUUUAUGCGUCGUAGCAACGAAACCUUUCAAAGCUGGUGAUCUUGUGAUCAUGUGCAAAGGUGGUGUGAAGGAUCUGACCAAGACGGAAGAUGACGCUCUUCGAGAAGAAGCAGCUCUCAGCAGAGAAAGAAGGAAAGAACAACAAUACGGAGGUGUACUGGGUCCGGGUAGAGAUUUCUCCGUCAUCCGUAGCGCUCGUAAAGGCUGUAGCCAACUUCUGCUAGGUCCAGCAAGGUUCGUCAAUCAUGAUUGCGAUCCAAAUUGUGAAUUUCACAGGCUUGGUCAAUCGCAAAUGGUGUUCCGAUGCCUACGUGAUGUAGGCUUGAACGAAGAAAUUACAACCUAUUAUGGAGACAAUUACUUCGAAGUGGGAAAUGCAGAGUGCAUGUGUCGAACUUGCGAAUCGCGCGGGGAAGGUAUCUUUGCCUCGCAGAAAAAGACAAUUGAGCAAGGCGAAAGCGAAAUAUUGGCAAAGUCUGCUAUGCCGAGCGUUGUCGACACCCAAGACGCACAAACCAAUGUUACCACUAAAGCUGCACCCCGUCGUUCCUCUUCACGUAAAGGUAAGAGUCCUCCUCCCAAAGCUGUCAAGAAAGAACCUACAACUAUGCAAAUCGAGAAGAAUGGUAAAGUCAUUCAGAAGACAUUUCCACAUCAUGUUUCAGAUCGAGAAUUCGAUCCGCUAUCAUCUACGCACAUUGGUCCAAAGUGCACUUGUCUGACGUGCGGAUCAGCAUUUUGGGCGCCUGAAGCUUGGUGGCUACCGGAUGAGUGUCGUAGAUGCGAAAGGCAUUUCAAGAUUUAUCAAGGUGAUUGGCCAGGCAGGACGCCCACUGAACCAAAAUGGAGCGCAAUCUACACCGAAAGGAAAAGCAAACGGGAAAAGGUCGAUGCAGAAAACAAAAAGCGGAAGCUUUUGGACACUGCUUCGCCUGGUCUAAGUGGUACUUCUGAUGUGGAAACGCCUGUGAAGUUGAGUCCGAUGCGUGAUGUCACAGAACCUGAUGGACAGGUAAAAGUGAACAACACAAAAAGGCGAACAUCUCAAUCUAACGCGGAUUCUAAUGGUCGUAAGAAGAAAUCGAAACUUGCUCCGGAAAGCUCCGACAAUGAAGUGGAAGAAAGUAUCAAAUCUUUGAUCCGACCAGCAAAAACGAGCAGACCAAGUGUGAAGAGGAUAGCCUCAGAUGAGGAAGUGCCGGUCAUAAAUGCCGCGAAUGCCGCUGCGGAUGAUGAAGAUGACGAGAUGUCAGAUCUCACUUCUGUUUCAGCAACAAAUGAAGGUGCAAUGAGCAGGACUGCAUCGUCUGCUGCCAGUAAUGAAUCAUCAUCGGCUUCUGACGAUCGGCCUUGCGGACCGAAGAUGCUUGGUAAACAUGCCAAGACUGAGACUCUGGCCAUGUUCUGGGGCGCUCCAACAGGAGACAAGAGGGCACGUAAGCCUAGAGCAAAUGGACUCGAAUCUCUUUCUGAUACUGUCAAAGUUGCCGGCAAUGGAAGACAUCGACGAACGGCAAGCGAUAUGUCAAAUGCAUCAACAUGGACUGCAAAUCGAGAGAAUGAAUUGAUCAGAUCGCCUCCCGAUGCACCGAUGCGAUCGGUCUCCGACAUUCAUGCUAAAUUCCCGAAUUAUUCUGAAGUUGAAUCUGGUCCUUCUCUUGGACAGCAUAGCCAAUCUGAGACAUCCAUCCCCAAAUUCAAUUCUCAGAAGGAGAUUGCGAACAACGCAAUGAACACAGACGAACAGAAUCUUUCCGCCAGAAGUACGCCUUCUUCAUCAGCCCAAACAAGCUCUCUUGCUACGCAUGGACCACAACGAACUUCUGUCAAGAAUUUGGCAAUGGCAUGGGGUGCAGGUGUAGAAGAAGGUGGCAGAGGAAACAGAAAGCGAACGCCCAGGGAUGUUGGAUCACCUUUAGCCUUGAUGUCUUCUUCUUCGCCCAAACAUGCAAAGGAUGAAAGAAGUGCAACGCCACCCUCCGUCAAAGCAUCAGGUCAGCGACAAAUCGCUGAGGAAGGUCGUAGGUUGUCUGAAUCGAAUAUUAGCUCGACAAUUGCGACAGCACCUUCUACAGACAGUAUCAGCUCCAACCCUACUCCCAACAAUGUCAUGCCAAAGCAACUUCUCUCGAACGCUACAAAUGACAAUCAAGCCCCUUCUCCACCUUUGUCGGACAGAAGUGUGAGCCCUGCAAGAUCGAUUUCUGGCUCCCCGGCAGGUUCAGCAGCAGCUCGAAAUGCUUCACCUCUGGCAGGCCCACCGCCGGUCACAUUUAACGGUCGUCCUGGCGUAGUACCUGGUCAGCCAAUUCGCAAGAAUUUACGUUGGGGAAGCGGAAAGGUUUCGAUGAGCAGACCGAUGGUGGGAUCUGCAUCUUCACCUUUGGCUGGACCAGGAGCUUCUUCGUCUUUUUCGAUGAAUAGAGGCACACCGUUGUCGACUGUUGGAUCUGCUUCUUCGCCAUUAGUGAACUCGAAAGGUCCUACGGAAGGAUUGCAAACACCCCCUACGAUCCCAUCAAAUCCCUCUACUGUUCCUCAAAAGGCAGUACCAGAGCCGCAAUUAGCUUCGAAUAUCAUCAAACAAGAAGAAGAGAGAACGACCUAUCAACCCGCAAUACCUGAGGCUGUACCGUCGCAAGAAGCGGUCAUGCGACAACCUCAAAGCGGAGAAACAACUGCGAUCAAAUCGAUCGCAGCACCAAAUGACGUGAGAAUGAAGGAAGAAGGGUUGGAUACGAAGCUUGCCUCAAAAGACGAGACAAACGAUGGAAAUGUUCAAAUUGAUGCUUACCAACACAAUUUGCAGAAUGGCCAUUGAACGUAUUACAAUCCUUCCCGCAGUCUCACACAUACGCACAUAUAUCUCUAUAACGCAUCAUCACACUGUAUUGUAUUCUGCUCGUGCAUGCCACUCAAGAAAGAGUGUUUUGUUCAAUUUGAAAUGAUUGAAUCAUUAGCCAUUUUGGUCGUGU